ACUCUCGCCUCAUCCCUCAGUGGUGCCUACUUGAGCAUGCAUGCUGCUUGAGUCGGAUCCCACCAGGGCUCUUCUCCAUUAUUGUUUCCCAUGUUCAUGUCGACCUCGUCCGGUGUGUGACGAGCUCUUUACAGUGACGAAGACCAUUUUCAGUGGCGCCUAUCACUUCUGGAUUAGCCUGAUGUGAAGUCCAACAUGUCCGUGCACUGAAAUCUGAACUGGAACAACUUUUUUUUGAGUAUUUUGUUGAUGAAGGUAAUUUUAUAAGUUUGUCUAAUAGGAUUGCUCGGGAUUCGUGUUGUCGGGUACGAUGGCGCAUCCGAGCGGAGCCUUUGUUGCGCUUUUCAGGUGCUUCAGAACAGUUGUGGGAAAUAUAACGCAGUGUUGUCUGGAUACGAUGUUCAUGUGUACUUUAGGAAGCAGGUACGAAUCAGAUGAUGAUCAUACACAGCUCCUUGAUUCCAGUGACGAUAAUACCAGUCUAGAUGAGACUGAAGCUUCAGAGGAUCAGGUGUUAGACAAGUGGAAUUUAUAUUACACAUGACGGAACAAGGUUCGGAAAUUUCUGAUAAGAAGGAUAAGAUUAGGAGUUUGGUGUGCGUAGAACAGGAAUAGGCGUCGUGACAGGCGUAUGACGGUGAAGGUGAUGUUGGUUAUUGGUGGAAGCAGUUGAAGUGUUAGUAAUAUACAUGCGAAUAACAUUUGAACCAGGAAGAAACUAGAGGGGGACAACUGCGCUUUCGAAGAUACACAAAAGUGUACUAAUGAGCCUCGCUAAAUGGAAGGCUGUUUGCGUACUGGUGAUCGUGAUUGUUUUCAUACUCUUGUUUCUGCCACUGGCUAACGCUGCCGGUGGCGAUUAUCCAUUUUUGAAGAAUGCUUCCGCUGCGCCGCCUGUUGCCACCGAUUUCGACUACAUCAUUGUGGGCGGCGGCACUGCGGGUUGUCCUCUCGCGGCCACCUUGUCGCUUAACUAUUCUGUUCUGUUGCUCGAAAGAGGAAACACGCCUUACGGCAACCCUGACAUCGAGAGUGCCGCCAACUUCGGAAAACUCAUCUCCAACAUCCAGGGCAACACCUGGUUCUCGCCCGUACAGAGUUUCCAGUCCCAGGAUGGCGUGUUCAACCGGCGCGCUCGGGUGCUUGGAGGAGGCAGCUCCAUCAACGCGGGGUUCUACAGCCGAGCCAGCGACGAUUACGUGAGCAGAGCCGGCUGGGACGCGGGGAUGGUGGCGUCCGCUUAUGAGUGGGUUGAGAGCGUCGUGGCAUUCUUUCCUCGAUUGCAACAGUGGCAAACAGCAGUGCGAGACGCAUUGUUGGAGGUAGGUGUUGGUCCGGACAAUGGGAGGACUUACAAGCAUGCCAGCGGCACGAAAGUUGGGGGUUCAAUUUUCGACGAGGCUGGGAAGCGUCACACAGCCGCUGACCUGCUUCAGUUCGCGAACCCGAAUAACAUCACGGUUCUACUCUUCGCAAACGUGCACAGGAUCCUCUUCGCUCCCCCAGUGCCAAGGAGUCCCCCCCGAGCUAUUGGAACCGUGUUCUCUGACAGCCUAGGCAUUCGGCAUCUAGCAAUGCUUCGUGAACCCUUGAAGAGCCAAAUUCUACUGGCAGCUGGUGCAAUUGGAAGCCCACACUUUCUUAUGUUGAGCGGGGUUGGGGAUGUGGACAUACUCGAACCAUAUCGAGUACCUGUAGUUUUGAACUCGUCAAGCGUUGGGAAGGGCAUGACUGAUAACCCAGCGAAUUCCAUGUAUGUUCCGUCUCGAAUUCCUGUGGAGAUUUCGCUGAUGCAGACAGUCGGGAUUACUGAUUUUGGAGGCUUCAUUGAAACAUCUAGCGGCAUCCGAGCUGUAUUGUUCCAAUUGGAAUCGCUAGUUACAACGCCUCCGAGUUUAAGAAGCAAAAACCUAUUGUUAAAGAAUAUAGAAGAGCUCAGAAAUCUGCCUCUUGAAACUCAAAGAAUGCUUGGACAAGCUGGCGUUAUUUUUCAGAAAGUGGACGUGCCCGCCUCGACAGGGACUCUGAAGAUCUGUAUACAUGCACCGAAACUGCACGAGUGGUACAACAAAUUCUUAAAUCAGAAGCUAUGAAGGAUUUUACAUACACAAGUUUCCCGUAUUCUGCACUCAACAAUACGAAGCUGAUAGGGAAUGUAAUGCCAUCUGAGCAGGAUGUGAAAACACUCUCAGAAUGGUGCCGUAAUACAGUGACUACCAUCUGGCAAUACCACGGAGGCUGCCAA